AUUGUCACUUUUUUACAGUGUUAACUUCAGUGUGGUGGAAAAGCAACAAAAAUUUUUAUUUUCCAAAUGUAUAAAAUGUGCUCAAAAUCAUAAUGUUAAAACCAAUAAAGUCCUUUUUGACGUACUUGAGUGUUUUCGGGACAUCUGUAAAUAUGGACGAAUGUGACGAUGAGACGCCCAUAGAGACGGAAAAAGUGAUCGAAUACGAGGAUAUUGGGGAGGAUCCACUCUCAGAUCCACUAGCUCUGGAUGAGAGUAGUCAUAGUGGUCGUGGUGCACAGAAUUGUACAGUUACGAUACCCGUCGUUGAAGAGGAGGAAGAGGAGAAGGAUGUGGUGGAGGUUGCUAAAGAGACAGUUGAUCAGCAGCAGCAGGAAGAGGAUAAUAUCCUCUUUGUGGACAUUGAAGAGAUCCAGAAUGCUGGAUGUGAGGAACAGACACUGCCGGAGGAGGAGCCUGUGGUAAAUAGUGGGCAGGAGGAUAUUGAAGCUAGGAGUGAGGGUUCAGAUUCGGGUUUAGGGCCAGAAUCAGCUGCUAAUCCUGCACUAGUUCAGCCACCGCAGCCACAGAGGAGUGCCCUGAAGAGGAGAUCUUCAGAGGCAGCAGAUGGGGCCAAACGAUGCAGGCGGAGUAUUCAAUUUGAGAAGGUGACUGUGUACUAUUUCCCCCGGACGCAGGGUUUCGUCUGUGUACCAUCGCAGGGUGGUUGUACACUGGGUAUGAGCUUCAAUCACAGCGACGUUAGGACUUUUUCACUCAGUGAAGCUGCAGAGCAGCGACGGAUGCAGCAUCAGCAGCGUCUACAGGAGCUCAAUCAGAGGCAAUCUUCCAGUGAUGACACAGACAGCGACGAUGAACCGAGUGAAAGUGCUUCAGAUGCCGAUACUGAGAGCUACGGACUCCUGCAGACGGUCACCAUGAAGCAGCGACGGGCGCUCCUCAAAGCUUCCGGUGUACAAAAUAUUGAUCCCAUCGAGAAGAAGGAAUGCAGCCUCAUUCGCACCUCGCGGGAAUCCUGCGGUUGCAACUGCCGUGGAUACUGUGAUCCGGAGACGUGCUCGUGCAGUGAAUCAGGGAUUAGGUGUCAAGUGGAUAGGCCAAAUUUUCCAUGUGGAUGUACUCGAGGUGGCUGUGCAAAUCCCAUGGGUCGUAUUGAAUUCAAUCCCGAAAGGGUUAGGGAGCACUUCAAUGAUACCAUAAUGAUGCUGGAGCUGGAGAGGGAAGAGCUUGGUGGUGGACAGGAGGAAGCCGGAACAUCUGAAUGGCUACCGCAGCUCAGUGAAGUACCAACAGAGACUGAUGCCCUAGAUUACUAUGGCAAGGAGCAGUAUAUCAUACCACCAACAUUGCCCAGUUCUCUCGAUCUCCAAUAUCGCGAUGGCAUUGGGGAGUUUCUGGAGGAGCAGCAAUUGUACAAUUUUGACCAGAGCACGGUACCAAAGCUACCAAUACCAUGCUACAAUUCAAAUUAUCUGCCUCAACCCGAAUACCAUUUGCCAACGAAUUCCUACGCCAGUCCACCACUUCUCAUGCCCAGUCUCUACGAGGAGCGCUAUCCAGACUUUAGCACAGCUCCCAGUCUUACCUCCCACCCUAGCACAAUCGUUAGCCAUUUACCACAACAGCCCGAAGACACUUCCAGCGGCACAACACCGCCCAUAUGAGAAGAUGUCACUUUUUGGAGAUUUUGCUCCCACGCUUAAACCUGCCUCACCGAUGUAAGAUCUGAGUUGGACGUUAAGUUGUUUUCUGCGAUAGCUAAACUUUCGUUGUUAUCAUCUGGAUUCCAAAGUUUUCGUCAACAUCUGCUACUGUUUUAAGUCUUCAAAGGACAGCUUAAUUUCAUUUCAUCUAAUAAUAGAAUAGGCAUUCAUUAAUAUUUUCAAUUAAAAAAAAAAGUAAUAAUAAAAGAUUUUACAUGAACUCUCGAAAAAGUUCAACUGGACAUAUAAUACAGGCAUAAAGUAAAAUUAGAAAAUUCAGCAUAAUACAUUUUUGAAAAAAAAUUAAAAUUGAAUUAAAAAAAAAGAAAGAGAAAAAUCUUUGCAUACAAUUGAAUAGAUUCGUUGCAGGGCUAUUUAAUAUUUAUAUUUACGUUUAUUUAUUUAGUUUAUUUUUUUGCAAUAUUGAAAUAUUGAACAUUAUUAAAUACCCAAAAGACUUUUGAAAAACAUAUAUUGCAAACCAAAUAAUAUUUUUAAUUAUUUUAGCAUUUUUGCCCAUAUUAAAAAAAUAUUAUGCUGAAUAUUUGAAGAAUAAGACAAAAGACAUUUUUCCCUUUAAAAAGAAUAUGUAUAAAUAAUUUUCAAAUCAAAGGAAUAGUUUUUUAGAUUUCGUUUUUUAUGGCGCUGGCAGACCUUUUCAAUUUAGUAAAAUUCAAUCGCUUCAAAUUUUAACCUCUUACUCUUUCAAACUGAAAUAUGAUAUGUUUGUCUCUUUCUAUCAAAUGAAAAUUGAAAUUUCAAUUUAAUUUUCAAUUUAAAUUUUAAUGGCGCUGGCACACCUUUUCAAUUUAGUGAAAUUCAAUCGAUUGAAAUUUUACCUCUCUUACUCUUUCAAACUGAAAUCAGAUAUAGCUGUCUCUUUCUGUCAAAUGAAAAUUGAAAUUUCAAUUUCAUUUUCAAUUUCAAUUUUAAAUUUAAUUUGACAGAAAAGAGACAGUUUUAUCUGAUUUCAAUUUGAAAGAGUAAGAGGUAAAAUUUCAAUCGACUGAAUUUCACUCAAGUGAAAAGGUGUGCCAGCGCCAUAAAUUUCAUUUUACAGAAAGAGACAGCUGUAUCUGAUCUCAGUUUGAAAGAGUAAGAGAGGUAAUAUUUCAAUCGAUUGAAUUUCACUAAAUUGAAAAGGUGUGCCAGCACCAUUAAGAAUUAAAAACACCUUUUAAAUGAAUCCUUUUGAAGAUUGAAUAACACUUUUGCCCACUUUGCAAAUACUCAGAGAUAAUGACAAUAUGUUCCCGAGUUUUUCUAUAUUGAUCUUAUAAGUCCAUUGAUUUGGAUGAUCUCCGUGAAUUCUUGUUUUUUUUUAAGUUCUUCUUAUUUUUUGUAAAUGACUGUUUUAGAAGCAGAAAUUGUAAGAAGAAUAUUGUACAUUUGUUUUAUCUUAGUUAAGAAAUUAUUAUUAAAACUAUUGAGCAGUGUUUGGAUAAUUGUGUAAAAAAUUAUUAUAUAUGUAGAAAAAUGAAGGAAAUAACACUGAUCAUCAAAAGAUAAAAAAAAAAUAAUACGUAUCAUGAUUUAUUCAUGGACGAAAACAAGUAUGAAAAGAACAUUAAAAUAAAAGAAAAAAGAAAAACAUUUUGUAGGGAGAAAUAGCAAUUAAAAUUUCAGAGUAUUUUCUAAAA